ACACCCCUCUCGACAUAUAGAUUCGGGGUUUUUCUUACUGGCUGGUAUUAAGAACUUUAUUUGUCAGUUAAACUGACAUUGAUAAUGGUUUCUCUGACAUUUAAUAAUGAAACUAACGGUAAAAAAAAAAAAUCUAUCGCUCCCCUCUAUUUAGAUUAAAUGGUUUAGCCCUGAACACUCAAACCUUCGGCAGCACUUGCUACUAGUCGGUGGAUUUGGAGUUAAUAGAAAGUGUUAUAAUGUCUUUUCCUAAAGUGAAAUCAGUAUUCAUUCAGUAAAAUUCAAAUGCGAAAAUGCAGAAGGAAAUGUAGGUUUAUUCGUCUGCCCCAGCCGCCCGACAGAUUGUUCAUCAGCUUCGGGCCCAGCACCCCAGACACCCCAUGCUCCACCCAAUGAACCAGCCCUACUCCCAACGCAUGCAGCGCACUGUGAUAUGGACUUUGGCCGGAGAAAUUAAACUCAACCGCUCGUUUUUGAAUGUCUCAACUCUGCUGUUAUAGAUGUGUGCGCACGCAGAGGGACACAAAAAGAGGAAAAGUCAGCAUGUGGUCUUCGCUCGUUGGUCCUUUCAGGCACUUCAGUCCUGGGGAGGACGAGGACAGUCUGAGCACCAGCAGCACCGAGGUGAAGGAGAACCGCGAUUUCGGAAACAUCGACGACCGCGCCGCCGCCCCCCACUGUCGCCGCCACCGCCGCCAAUCGCCCUGGCGCUGGGACGCACCCGGGGGCGGGACUUCCUGUGCAAAGAGGAAGCGGCCGCUGGCGGAGGAGGGGGCCGGCGGCGGCAGCGGGGGCGGGGGGGCGGCGCACAGGAAGUGCUCGUGGCGCGCGGCGCAGAAGAACGCGGUGGUGCAGCUGAACGAGCUGCGCCCGGGCCUGCGCUUCGAGGUGGUGUCCCAGACGGGCCCCGUGCACGCCCCCGUCUUCGCCGUGCGCGUGGAGCUCCACGGCCUCGCCUUCCUGGGGGAGGGCCCCACCAAGAAGCAGGCCAAGAUGCGGGCGGCCGAGCUGGCCCUCCGGUCCUUCGUCCAGUUCCCCAACGCCUCGCAGGCGCACCUGGCCCUGGGGGCCCCCGGGGGACCCCCUCCCGACUUCACCUCCGACCGGGAGGGCUUCCCCGAAACGCUCUUCAAGGGGUUUGAGCCCCUGUUGCUGGGCAACGCCGUCCCCCGCCUGAGGCCCGCCGCCGAGGAGCCGCCCCCAGCCACCGCCUGUCGCCGCGGGAGACCGGCCUGCCACGCCCUGGAGCUGAGGCGCGUCCCGGCGGCCAGGCCGGGGCACUGCAGGACGGCGCCCCCCGCUGGUCGGGCAGAGACGCCCGUGGUGCUCCUGAACGAGCUCCGGCCUGGGCUGAGGUACGCCUGCCUGGCGGGGGGCGGGGCCCGGGGGCGGGGCCAGACCGGGGGGAGGGGCGGGACCAGGGGCGGGGCCGAGAGGAGCUUCGUCAUGGCGGUCCGGGUGGACGGGCGGAUCUUCGAGGGGUCGGGGCGGAGCAAGAAGCUGGCCAAACGGCAGGCGGCUCUGGCAGCGCUGCAGACCCUCUUCAGCGCCCGGCUGCCCCCCCCAGAGAAGAUGCCCUGCCAGCCUCCCAGCCGGAGGAAAGGCCUGCUUUUACCACAGGAGUUGGCGGAUGCCAUAUCGCGCCUGGUGAUGGAGAAGUACCUGGAGCUGGCAGAGAGCUGCACCCACCUGUGUGCCCGACAGAAAGCACUGGCAGGAAUCGUGAUGACCAGAGGUUUGGACAUCAGACAAGCUCAGGUUGUGGCGCUCUCGACCGGCACCAAAUGCAUCAACGGCGAGUACAUGAGCGGCCAGGGGCUGGUGGUGAACGACAGCCACGCAGAAAUCAUCGCCAGGAGGGCGCUGCUUCGGUUCUUAUACACGCAGCUGGAGCAGCUUCUGAGUAAAGAAGAAGACGAGCGGCAGCGCUCGAUCUUCAUCCGACAGAAAGAGGCGGGAUGCCGGCUGAGAGACGGCGUCUUGUUUCACAUGUACAUCAGCACGUCGCCCUGUGGAGACGCGCGGCUCAACUGUCCCUACGAAGUCCCCGCCGACCCGUACCGAGCCCAGCGAUUCGCCAGGCGGCUCCACCGCCGGCUGCGGACCAAGAUCGAGUCGGGGGAGGGCACGCUCCCCGUGCGCGCCCACGCGCCCGCCCAGGCCUGGGACGCCGUUCUGCAGGGGGAGCAGCUCGUCACCAUGUCCUGCACCGACAAGAUCGCGCGGUGGAACGUUCUGGGAGUGCAGGGCUCUCUCCUCUCUCACUUCCUGGAGCCCGUUUACCUGUCCAGCCUGACGGUGGGGAGCCUCCGGCACACGGGUCACCUGUCCAGGACGGUGGCCCAUCGGCUGGACCGCAUCGGCCACCUGCCGGCCCCCUACCGGCACAACCGGCCCCUCCUCGGCUGCCUCGGCAGCACCGAGGGCCGGUGGGUGGGGAAGUCGCCCUGCUUCAGCGUGAACUGGACGGCGGGCGACGCCCAGCUGGAGGUGAUCAACGCCUCCACGGGCCGGAGGUGGGACUCUGGGGCGUCGUCGCGGCUCUGCAAACACGCCCUCUUCGCCCGCUGGGCCGGGCUCCACAGCAAGCUUGGCGCAAACUUGCCGAGCCCUGCCGGGAUGCCGCUGAUGUACUGUGAGGCCAAGCAGGCAGCGGCGACCUACCAGAGUGCCAAGCGCCAAUUGGUCAGAUCUCUGCAGGAGGCGGGGCUUGGGACCUGGAUCAGGAAGCCACCAGAACAGGAGCAGUUCCUGCUGCACGCGUGAGAGAGAGAGAGAGACAGGGACAGGGCCGGGAGGGCUGGCUGCUGACUCUGCACCAGGGCAACUCACUGAUUGGUCACUGACUGAUUGAGACAACUUUCUGAUUGGUUGGGACCACUCACUGACUGGUUGAGGCAACUCACUGAUUGGUUGGGGGCAAGUCACUGACUGAUUGAUGCAACUCACUGAUUGGUUGAGGCAACUCACCGAUCAGUUGAGGCAACUCAUUGAUUGGUUGGGCCCCCCCCCUUCCCCACCACCUCCUCAUCAGUGACCACCAGUUGCUCUCUCCUUCACCAACGGACAACAAAAAGAACAAGGUUGCACUAGUCAUUGCCCCCCCCGCUGUCAACUGCAGGGGGUUGGGGGGCAGUCCCAUAGGCAGAGGGGGGUCAAGGAGGGGGGGUCACCUUCCCUCAGACAAGUGGGGAACCGCCAGGUGGGACCCUUUGGCUUUCAGAUCCCCAGGUUCAGCCUGUGGGGAGACUGUGAGACGGGCGUAUGGGACGGGGAAGGUGGGGGGGGGGGGCACAGACUGGCCCUCAGACGCAUGUAGCGUUGCUCCCCUCUGGCCCCCCUCUGCAGGUAAGAGAAGAACACACGGGUGAUUGUUGCCGUGGCGAUCCGGCUGUGCUGCGCGCCUGUUUUUUCUGGGGCCUGAUCACCGCUUUUGUUUGCGCUCUCCCUCUCUCUCUCCCUCUCUCUCUCUCCUUCUCUCCUCUCUCUCGCUCGGUCUCUCUCUCCCCCUCUCCCUCUCUCCCUCUCUCCUCUCUCUCUCUCCCUCCCUCUCUCACUCGGUCUCGUUGUGACAUCUACAGGUGACACCUGAUUUUCUCCGUUCUUUUGACAUGUUUGAAGCUUUCCGUUAGUUCACCACAGGAGGAGAAUGGUGGGUAAAGUAAAUACGCUUAAAACAGCUCAGUGAGCUUCAGUUGGCUUCGGAAGCUGGAGAAUAACAUGGCAGCUGCCCUGGGCAUAAUAUGUAAUCUCUCCCUUUCUUCUCGCUUUCCCUUAUUUUGGGAACCUGAAGUAAAAUGGCGGC